AACCUCAAUAGAGAGAACAAAUUAGAGUAGGCCGCAUAUGGGUAGUUCUCAAGCAAAAGAGAAGAAGGGCCGCAUCAGCCCUAGUGAAAGGAUUGUAGAAGGACUGAAAAACAAGGUGAGGGAUUUACAAGGCCAAGUGGACGAGAUCUUGCGCAUUAGAGAGGCCGAGAGCGAAGCCUACGAGCGUGAGCUCAUGGUUUUUGCUCUCAAGCAAGCCGAGUGGAAGAGAGAGAAACAGAGGCUCUAUCACGCACUCAUUUCCAAACAUAACCAACAACAACAAAUUAUUCAUUCAGAGCUUGGGACGAAUGAGGCAAAUCUUGUGGAGAAUAAGUGGAAACAACUCUAUUUUGCUAUCAAGGAUGAGCUUGAUCAUCUCAUUCACCGCACACAUCAAGAAGAAAAGCUGUGGUGGAAAACAGAGAAGGAAGAGCUUCUAGUGGAGCUGAAGAAUGAAGUGCAGGCCAGGGGACAAGUGAUUCAAACUCUGCAAGCAAAGGUAGCCAAAAUGGAAGUACAAGAGUCCAAGAGGGAGAGAGAGAUGGACAUAUUGAAACAAAGCUUGAGGAUUUUGAGCCAUACUAAGCGACCGCCAAAAAAGCUCGGACAAAAGCCGAUCAAGAACUUUUGAUCAGUUAAUAAAUGUAAUUAGUUCAUAUGAUUUGAGUGUUAGAAGCUCAAUUUAGUUGUGUUUGAGGCAUUCCCCGUAUGUUCUUCACUUUUUGAAGGAUUAUUAUUAUAUCUCAAAUGAGAGAAGGGAGAAGAAGU